CCAUCUUAUAUCGGUAAUCGUGUCUAAUUGUCGAUUUGAUAUGAUUAAAUACGGACCAACCCUUUACACACCCAUCUGCUGGCUUGAUAUGGAAUAUUAUACUUCAAUAAUUUUCCCGCCAGCCACAAAGUUGGUCCAUUUUGUUGUUUUCCUGCGACCAAACUUUUCCCUCUGCCUAAGUGCCUCCACAAACUUCUCUGCUCCAGAAAGAAAGAAAGAAAAAGCUCAAUCAAUCCCACAAACAUGGCAGCAGCAGAAGAAGCCAUAGUACUUUACCCAUCGCCGGCGAUAGGCCACUUGAUAUCCAUGGUGGAGCUUGGCCGCUUAAUCCUAACCCACCGUCCUUCCUUCUCCAUCCACAUCGUCCUACCUCCAGCACCCUACCAAGCCGACGCCACCGCCCCUUACAUCGCCGCCGUCUCCGCCUCCACUCCCUCCAUCACCUUCCACCGCCUCCCUCCUCCUCCGGCCACCGCCGUCUUCCCCGAAUCCCCACACCACGAGAUCCUCGUACUCGAAACCCUCCGCCUCAGCCUCCCUCACCUCCGCCGCACACUCGAACAAAUAAUCUCCCAAUCCGCCGCCGUCCACGCGCUAAUCCUCGACUUCUUCAGCACCGCCGCGCUCUCAGUCGCCGUCGAGCUCAGAAUCCCCGGAUACCACUUCUCCACAUCCGGCGCCGCCUGCCUCGCGUUCUGCCUCCACCUCCCGGCCAUCCAAAAAACUCAACCCAAAAGCUUUCGAGAACUCGGCCGCACGGUCCUCGAGGUUCCCGGAGCUCCGAAGCUGCCCGCAUCCGAGGUCCCGAAGAUUCUCCUCGAUCGAGACGACGACGUUUACCGGUACUUCCUCGAUUUCACCGCGCGGGUGCCGGAAUCCGCGGGGCUGAUAGUCAACACGUUCGACGCGCUGGAGGGUGAGGCGGUGAACGCGAUUUCCGCCGGGCUGUGCCUUCCCGACCGCCCAACUCCGCCGCUGUACUGCAUCGGGCCGCUGAUCGGCGACGGCGGAGCGAGGAAGGAAGGAUCCGGCGCCGAUUGUCUUGCCUGGCUCGAUUCUCAGCCGAAACGGAGCGUCGUUUUCCUCUGCUUCGGCAGUUUGGGGAUUUUUUCUCGGGAGCAAUUGAAAGAGAUUGCUAUUGGCUUGGAGAGAAGCGGGCAGCGGUUUCUGUGGGUGGUGCGGGACCCACCUUCGGGGGAUAAGCGAAACGCCGACGUUUCGGUGAAGGAUCCGGACUUGUCGUUGGAGGGUCUGCUUCCCAAUGGGUUUCUGGAGCGGACGAAAGAGAGAGGACACGUGGUGAAGUCGUGGGCGCCGCAGGUGGAGGUUCUGGGUCACGAGUCGGUGGGCGGGUUCGUGACCCACUGCGGGUGGAACUCGGUGCUGGAAGCGGUUCGAGCCGGGGUGCCGAUGGUGGCGUGGCCCCUCUACGCGGAGCAGAAAUUCAACCGGGUUCUGCUGACGGAGGAGAUUCGGAUCGCGCUGCCGAUGGUGGAGCGCGACGACGGUAGCGGGUUCGUGGAUGCGGCGGAGGUGGAGAGGCGGGUCAAGGAGCUUAUGGAAACCGAAGGAUCGGGAGAGCUGGUGAGGCGGAGGAUGGACGAAAUGAAGAAAGCGGCGGAGGAUGCACUAAGCGACGGUGGGUCUUCUCGGGUCGGGUUAUUGAGACUCGUUGAUUCGUGGAGAAGAUAAUGAGUUCUCAUCUCAGAUCGUUGUGCAGAAAACGAUGGAGUAGGCCUUGGACGGGUACCAACUUGUUUUACUAGUCUAUUUUGGUUGUUCAAUUCAAUGGAGUAUUUGAUGUAUGUAGGAUUUGGAUGAGAAAUCAAAUCAAGGAGGUUUUGAUAUUUUGUGAUGAAGCUAUGGAAUAACUAUCAAAUUAAUUGGAUUGAUUAGGGAUUUAGUUUUUGCAUCGUUGCAUUGGUACCAUGGUCCAUGAAACCGUACCGGGAAAGUCAGCGGUAGGGUAUUUUAUGGUAAAAUCGUGAUUUAACCGUAGUUCAACCGUUAUACCAGUAAAUACAGCCUAUAAGUUUAGCCUCAAAACUGGUAUUUCGUAGUUUAACCGCCGAUACGGUACGGUUUCAUUGCACUGAUUGGUACUAGUGGUCAAUGUGACAUUCAUGUUGAAAAGCAUAGGCCGACAGAUAGGUGGUGUAGUGUAGCCAGCAUAGUGAUAGGCCCAAUACCUAAACCCGAGGCCAGUAGCCCAGGAAAUAAUGGACCAUUGGCCCUUCAUUGAGGUGAGGAUAGAAGAAAAUGGGCCUUCCACCAGGAGAGUCUAUGUUGACAAGAAAGUCACUUGGAAGUUUUUUUUUUUUUUUUUACGAAAUCCUGAUUUCAUUAUGAAAUAGGAAACUGUUACAGAGUUUGGACCAAAGUUCAGGAAGGAUAGAAGACUGUUUCUAAGAAUACAAGGGAGCCCAAACACGGAACAGAGAAAAUAGAAAACAUAACAAAAGAGAAAACCCAAGCACACACCAAACAAAACAAAAAAAAAACCCUAGCCCAAGAACCCAACGUCUUCACACCACCAACCAGUUGCCGCCUAGCAAGACGCCAACCAUCACCUACACCAUCUCGCCGCCAUCCACAUCACCACUGCCAAUCACCCCCAACACAACAAAACAAAAACACCCACAACAAAAAACACCACCGUCGACAAACCAAAGCCCACCUAAAACUUUCACCAACCACGCAACAGGAACACCAUGCGAUAGAAAGAAGAGCCACCAGCGAGCCACAAAGGCCAUCACCUCCCAAAUAGAACAAAACCACCAUACCUGCACCACCACAAAGCAAAACACUCCACCCACAAACAACCACCGCCGAAUGCCAACACCACCAAAACCAGACAACCACCAGACGAUCCGUAGGGCAGCAAGUCCUCAAAGAAAGCCAACAUCCCUACAACCAACCAAUUGACAGUAGAAACACAGGAAUCAAGUCAAAUCCACCGAAUAACUACGACAUAAUGAGUGAAGCAAGGAGGAAAGCUCCAAAAGUCAAAAAGAAAGUUGAAAACCGCAAAAGCAAUUCCCUCUGAACACUGGAAGACCUCAAGAUCUGACCAGAUCUGAAGUGUGGAAGAGGAACCAUCUCAAAAGAGAGGUUCAUGGCAAAAUCCACUUAGGAUAGAAGCAGAAAUGAAACUGGAGAAACCCACUAAGGGGUUGGAAGAGGAAACAACAUGAAGAAGAACAGUAAAAGGGGGCAAAGGGUUGCCGCCGGUCACCCAUAGGUGAAGCCGGCGGCCCCCUGCAGAAGAAUGGAAAAGGGGAAAGUUAGAAAGAAGGUAGAGAUUUUUUUGAACUAGAGAGAGAGAAAUGGAAGUUGGGUCUUAGAAAGAACACACGACCUUCAUGUGCCAAACCCUACCCACUUUAAGUCACUUGAAAGUUGAAACCUCCGACAUUGCAAUAGAUUUCCAAACUACACUAGUUCAUAAAAGAAAUUUCAAAAUACAGUAGUUCUUAUAUAAUUUUCAAUUUCAAUGUACACAUGUUUUUCAUUGAUCGUUUAGGUCGGAAUCGAUCUACAACAAAAUCGAUGGCGAGUAAAGCAACCAAUCACGUGGGCAAAUAUUAUCACUGUUAGGAUCAGUCAUUAACAGUGAAUCGCCGAUUGGUACAACAAUCAACAAAUUCACAUAAAUAAAUCGAUGGAAUGUAA